UUCAUGUAGAAGCUGCUCAACAACGUAAGCCGAGCCCACUCCGAAAAAUGAUAGCGGUAGCAUCUAUUGCUGCCGGUAUACAAUUCGGGUGGGCCCUACAGCUCUCACUUCUGACACCAUACAUCCAAUUACUCGGAGUACCCCACAAAUGGGCUGCCAAUAUUUGGCUAUGCGGUCCCAUUUCCGGUAUGAUCGUCCAGCCGUUAGUCGGUUAUUACAGCGACCGAAGUCAUUCUCGAUUCGGUCGCCGUCGUCCCUUCAUCUUUUUCGGUGCCAUUGCCGUCGCCAUUGCCGUUUUCCUUAUCGGAUACGCAGCCGACAUCGGCCACACCUUAGGCGACGACCUCACGAAAAAAACACGGACACGUGCCGUAGUUAUAUUCGUAUUAGGUUUUUGGAUACUCGACGUAGCCAAUAACAUGCUCCAAGGACCUUGUCGCGCAUUUCUUGGUGACUUAGCAGCAGACGACCAUAGUCGAAUGAGAACAGGAAACGCCCUGUUCUCAUUUUUUAUGGCCGUCGGAAACGUGUUGGGUUAUGCCGCUGGAUCUUACAGCAACCUCCACAAACUGUUCCCUUUUACGGAAACAAAAGCAUGUGACGUGUUUUGUGCAAAUCUAAAAACGUGUUUCUUUUUUUCAAUAUUUCUACUCGCAUUAGUCUCUGCAUUUGCUCUCAUAUACGUAGAAGACAUUCCAAUUACAUCGCAAGAAGAAAUACAAGUUUCGUGUUUCGGAGAAUUGUUAGGAGCAGUUAAUGGAAUUAAAAAACCAAUGUGGAUGCUAAUGUUGGUGACAGCAAUAAAUUGGGUAGCGUGGUUCCCAUUCUUUUUAUUCGACACAGAUUGGAUGGGUCGUGAAGUGUACGGAGGAGAAACUGGAGAAAAAUCGUACAACGAUGGAGUUCGUGCAGGAGCAUUAGGAUUGAUGCUGAAUGCUUUUGUGCUUGCAAUAGUGUCAUUGGUGGUUGAACCAAUGGGGCGUUUGGUUGGGGGUGCAAAGAGACUUUGGGGAAUAGUCAAUUUUAUUCUUGCUAUUGGACUCGCAAUGACGAUACUCAUUACAAAGGCAGCUGAGCAUGAUCGCCGUCUAACCGGUCACACGGCGCCGUCUACCGGUGUUAAGGCUGCCGCAUUCUCUUUCUUUGGUGUGCUUGGAAUCCCUCUUGCGGUUAAUUUCAGUGUUCCGUUUGCUUUAGCAUCAAUUUAUUCCAGCUCAUCAGGGGCAGGACAAGGUUUAUCUUUGGGAGUCCUCAAUAUUUCAAUUGUCGUUCCACAGAUGAUAAUAUCAUCAUUGAGUGGACCAUGGGAUGCUUUGUUUGGUGGUGGCAACUUGCCGGCGUUUGUGGUCGGUGCGGUGGCGGCAGUCAUCAGUGGUAUAUUGGCAAUUAUCGUUCUGCCUACUCCAAAGCCUGAGGAUGAGGCCAAAGCUACAAUUGCUGGUGGUUUUCAUUAAUUAUAGUUUAAAUUUUUUUGUGGAGAUAGGAAUUGAAUGAACAUUUUGAUUUACAUCUUUAGUGUAUUAUUGAGUAUAUUAGGGUCGGCCAAAUCAAAUUUUGUGAGUGUUAUAUAAACCCUCAUACUAUAUCGUAUUGAUUGUAAACAUUUGUAUUGGUAUGUUCAUACAUAGCCAAUUGUUUAGACAAAUAUAUAUGAGGACGAAGGAUAAAAGUUUAAUAUUCCUUUUAUUUUUUAAAAUAAAAAAAAAUAAUAUAAGUUUAGUAUUUCCUUAA